AUGUCCACCCAAACGUCUCCAGACCGCUCUAGCCCGCGGGGGCUGUCCCAGGAAAGCUCCGAGUGGAGCUGGCAGGGAAUUGGAGAUUCUUCACAGAGUCAGAGCAAUCAAGAAAGAGCCGAGGGCGACACAUUAUCCAAUGAUGAGGAGUAUGACCGACUACUUGAUGAGACAGCCCUGGAGGAGCGGGACUACUAUGCAAUGCUGGGACUGCCCCGGCAGCCGGCCCCUACUCCGCCUCAGAUCCGUUCGGCCUUUCACUCAUUAUCCCUGCGCUUGCAUCCCGAUAAACAACCGCCGCAUUUACAAGAGAUAGCAAAAGAGCAGUAUGUGCGGUUGCGAACUGCAUACGAGACGCUCAUCAACCCGCAAAAGAGGGUCGUAUAUGAUGUGCUUGGAGAAGAGGGGGUCAAAGCAGAAUGGGGGCCAGGCGGGUCGAUGGCAAAGGGCGGCGAAGCCGAGAGCACACAGGUUGGAGUCAAGGCUAUGACACCGGCGGAGUUCCGGCGUUGGUUUCUGCGUCUGAUGAAAAGAAGAGAAAGACAAGCAUUGGAGGAGUUGGUAUCCAGCAAAAGCCAUAUCCGCGUCAACCUCGAUGCCGUGGGUUUCUUCCACCCUGACGUAAUUCAAAAGCUACGGGCCGUGUCCGGUCUCAUGGGCGAUCACUCUCUUGCAAAGGCACCGCCUCCGUUACAGGCCACUGAGCUUGAGCUAGGACAUGAGUUCGAUGUACCUUUGCCGUCGCUAGGAAAGCUGAUCAACACAAGGCUUGGGUUGGUCUCAAAUGGCAACAACAAGGAUGGGACCCACGUUGAGCCGGACUGGGAAGAAGAGACCGGGGAUGAUACCCAACUUACCGUGUCUGCUGGCAUUGAGGGAAAUAUUAUUGGGUUUGCAGCGAAACCAAAGCACCAUCAUGUUGAGGACGAGGACGACGGCGAAGAAGGGUAUUCUCUCACAAUGCCCGGGGUUCUUGCCCGCCAAUUUUCGCUUGGCUUUGACAUUGAGCAUGCAUUUCCGGAGAAACCCAUCUCAAGCGUCAAAGAGCCGAACCCGGCCAGCUCGUUCCUUCAUGGCACGAUGGUUGGUCUGAGGACCGAAUUACUUCCUGAGCGUCGGAUACAAGCAUCGCUCACUCGUCCAAUAACAUUGAUCGAAGGGACGCAACCAUUCUUCUGUCGCAUACAGACAACUUUUCAGAAAUCUUUGCUUACCGGGCCUCCUUCAGUGGAGGUGACCGUCACAAGGGCAGUUGGACUAGGCAAGACGCUCUUCUGCUCAUGGUCAUCGGGCUCCAGUGUUUGGCCACCGUUCGUACAACAGCUUUUCAGUAGGUUUAUGCCCAACGGCGAAGAAGGCGGGGCGACUGCUGUGCUUUCCACCGUGGUGCCAAGAAUGGUCGUUGGGAUCAGCGGAGCUCUUAGCCCUGCAGUUGCAGAAGCUACACAAGAAUCUACGGCAGAUGGCCGGGUGCAAAAGCAUCCUUCCAGCAACCGGACUUGGAACGUUCAACUCAUGGGUUCCGUGUUUGGAAACCAGUUGAGCGCUACAUAUGGACAAGACUUUUUUGCAAGUGCGUCAACGGCUCCAGUGCGAUCCGCGUUUACGAGGUCCGGAGAGUACAGCGGCGAGGACUCUUCGUCCCAACAUAUCGAAGGCUCUCGUGGCAUUCGAGUAGAGGUUGAAGGUAGGAUAGGACCUUCGGCAUCCUUUGCUUGGCAGAUCCGAGGCCUCCGACGAAUUGGCAACUUUACUCGUAUUGGAAUGGGUGUCGGUCUUCAGGGUGUCGAUGGGGUGUUUGUAGCCUUUUCAUGGAAUCGACUCGGACAUUCCAUUGACGUGCCAGUCCUCGUAUGUCCUUUAAUGCUUCUCAGCGUAAAGGCCGUGGUGCUUGCAUUGUCCGUACCAGUGGGAGCCUAUUCGCUGCUUGAAUUCGGCCUUAUCAGACCGCGAUCUCGGCGACAACGGAAAACCAAGUUGGCAAAGCGGCGAAAUGAGCUUCAAAAGCUUGUGGAUGGUCGCCGGGAGGAGGCUCAACAAGCUAGCCGACUGAUGGAGAGAGAUGUGAUGGUGAAGCAGGCCCAGGAGGCAGAGCGCAAUGGUUUAGUCAUUCUCAAGGCCGAGUAUGGCUCAAAGGAAGCAAUGGCACCUCGCCGGCCUGACCCGAGACGACGCCAGUCCCGUGACGAGAUCGCAGACGUUACAAUUGCGGUAGCGGCGCUGGUUGAUGAAGGCCAGCUCUCAAUGCCCCGAAGGCUCCAAAGAUCUGACAUUGUUGGAUUCUAUGACCCUGCACCUCUCCAGAAGAAGAGACUCCGCGUACGAUACCUUUUCGCUGGUCGAGAACACGUCGUCGAGGUGGAUGACGACGAAUCACUGACUUGUCCAAUGAGAUCCCACCGAACGAGCACAUAG